CUUUAAACGCAACAGAUGGGUCUCCAUGGUGACCAGCGCCUGCAGUACCGCAGCAGCCCCAGAAGGGGGCGAGCACCCCCCUCCUCCCUCCUCCUCCCUCCCCGCAAGGAGGGACGAGGUGGUCCAACAAGCAAAGCGGCGCUGCUGAACGCGUCCCGAAACGGGGUAAUAAAUCAGGCACUCGUUUCCUUCUCCUCCCGAGUUCAGCCGCUUCUCAUCAUUUGUUUUCUCCCCCCCCCUCCACCCGUCCGCUCGGUGCACCGCUUCCUGGCGAUGAAGAGCAUGGUGGUGAAGACGCGGCGGCAGGGGUGCAGGGAGCCGAGCGCGUCCGACCGGGAGAGAAGUUCGCAGGCGCCGGCCGCCCCGGCCAGCGGGAAGGCGGCGGGCAGGCGGGCGGGCAGGGAGGGCAAGACGGCUCCUGCGCCCGGCAGCCUGGCGCCGGGCAGGGGCAGACUGCUGCUCUCCGUGCCCGCCCGCAUCGGCAGCCGGCUGGGCCUGACCGUGCCCGCUUUCCUCAAGAUGGGGAGCGCUCUGGUUUUAGCUGCUGUGGCUGGCAUUCUGCACUGGUACCAUAUUUCAAAUCUCUUUGAAAAUGACAGACAUUUUUCACAUCUUUCCACCUUGGAAAAGGAAAUGGCAUUUCGUACAGAAAUGGGGCUUUAUUAUUCAUAUUUUAAGAUUAUUAUUGAGGCACCUUCAUUCCUCAGUGGUCUGUAUAUGAUAAUGAACGACAGGCUCACAGAGUUCCCUCUUGUUAUAAACACACUGAAGAGGUUCAACCUGUUCCCUGAGGUGGUCUUGGCCAGCUGGUACAGGAUUUACACAGGCACAAUGGAUUUCUUUGGUUUUCCAACUAAAAUCUGUUGGACAGUCAACAGAGGAGAGGGACUGAAUCCUGUAGAGAGCUGUGAAGGUUUGGGAGAUCCGGCUUAUUUCUAUGUUACAUUUGUGUUUGUACUAAAUGGAGUGAUGAUGAGUUUAUUUUUCAUCUACGGCACAUAUCUGAGUGGAAGCAGACUCGGUGGUGUCGUUACAGUCCUGUGUUUCUUUUUUAACCACGGAGAGAGCACCCGGGUCAUGUGGACGCCCCCCCUGCGUGAGAGCUUCUCCUACCCCUUCCUGGUUCUCCAGAUGCUGCUGCUGACACACAUUCUCAGGACUCCUAAACCAGGAAAAAAAUCUUUUGUCGCACUUGGUGUUUCGAAUGUCUUAUUCAUGCUCCCCUGGCAGUUUGCUCAGUUUGUCCUGCUGACUCAGAUUGCUUCUUUAUUUGCGUCCUACAUCAUGGGCUAUCUGGUCUCUUCAAAGCUGCAGUCUCUCUUGCUUACCCACAUGGUAUUAUGUUCCUCCUCCUACUCAGUGGCUGAAGGUCUUGGCUGGUUUAUAUCGACGGUGAUUUUGAAGAGUCUGGCUUCUGCAGUUCUUGGAGCUGCUGAUGACGCACACAUAAGUAGUCUGAUCAAAUCAAAGUUUACCAGUUAUAAAGAUUUUGACACAAUGAUGUACACCUGUGCAGCUGAAUUUGACUUCAUGGAAAAGGAGACUCCACUGCGGUAUAUAAAAACAUUGCUGUUCCCAGUAAACCUUUUAGUCUUCGCUGUAAUUACUGGAAAUUUUUUGUUUAGUCUCGGAAGGCACUUCCAUGAAACGUUUAACACUGUUCUUUUCGAAACUUUAUUCAGGACUGCGCAAAUUCCAAAUGGAGAGUUGGUUUACCAUCUCUUACAGCUAAUUGCAUUCACUGUGCUUGCAAUCCUAAUUAUGAGGUUAAAACUGUUCCUCACACCUCAUAUGUGUAUAAUGGCCUCGUUAAUCUGUUCACGACAGCUUUUCAGCUGGGCAGGACAGAAGUACCGGCACCAGCUGCUGGUCUUUGGGAUUCUUUCCAUUAUGGCUGUUCAAGGGGUGGCCAACCUGCAGAGCCAGUGGAGCAUCAUGGGAGAAUUCAGCAACCUGCCCCAGGAAGAGCUGCUGGAGUGGAUUAAAGCGAACAGCAGGUCAAACGCGGUCUUUGCUGGAGCCAUGCCCACGAUGGCAAGUGUGAAGCUGUCUGCCAUGAGGCCGGUCGUGAACCACCCGCACUACGAAGACGCAGGGCUGAGGCAAAGGACAAAGCUGGUAUAUGCAAUGUACAGCCGAAAACCUGCAGAAGAAGUCAGGGCUAAUUUAGUGAAACUUGGAGUGGACUAUUUUAUUUUGGAGGAUUCCUGGUGUACAAGGAGAUCCAGGCCGGGCUGCAGCAUGCCGGAAAUUUGGGAUGUGGAGGAUCCCAGGAAUGCCGGCAAGAUACCCCUCUGCACUUUACUAGGAAGGGAUUCCAGACCUCACUUCAUCACGGUCUUUCAGAAUAAUAUUUAUAAAGUUCUCAAAGUUUCUAAAACUACCAAAGAUAGGUAACCAAUGACAAAAAGCUUAAACGUCUUGCUCGGUGCAUUAAUGAAUUCACUCUUGCAGCAAGUCUGCUGUUACUUUUAUUGGAUGCGUCUUUGUUUGUUCACCAGGAACCGGAGUGCUCAUUAAUCCUUAGGUCUACAAUGUUUUCGUGUUUUGUUUAGGUUUUCAAACAGGGUAUGCUGACUGUGUAGACAGGUUUUAAUAGCUGAUAUUCAGGUGCCGUUGUAGAAAAAAAAGUCAUGUCCAGUGUGGCGCAAAAUUCUCUCUUAGUCAUUUUUUAAGGUGUCUAUGGUAUUCGGGGAACAGCAUCUACAAGCACGUCACCUAUUUAGAUUGUAUUUUUGAUAACAAAAUUGAGAAAAUGCUUCUUCAGGUGAAGCUGUGCAAUAAUACAAAAAAAAAUGCUACGGCUUCUGCGAUAUGGGCAGUCAUGAAAGUGUUUAUUCGGACACAUGUUCCCGAACAAUUGCAGAGAACACAAAACCAAAAAAGUAAAUAUCUUGUCUUUUUUUUUCUUGCCGUUACGUUCAUAUUCACUGGCAAACAACCAGUACAGGAAAUUUACAGUUCAGCUCAGAACUCAGAAAUCCUUUCUUUUGUCAUUUUUGCUAUUGAGACUUUUUGCUUAGAUAUCACGCAUUCCUAUAUUGAAGCUGAGCAAUAACCCCCACGUUUGGUUUUUAAAAGCGGUUGUUUUCAAGGGUUUACGUUUUCAUUUCUGUACCUUGUUGGAAGACACUGGAACACUGAAUGUCUGUAGUCGCAGUAAUUUCUUUGUCACACCUGCGUUGUGUCUUGUUAUAAAUGCAUGUUUAAACCUUUAUGAUUAUCUUGUAAAAAUCCGAUAACAGAUUUUGUCUGGAGAAAAACCACUUUGAACAACCCCAGUCAUGCAUGUAAGUUACAUGAACACAGGUCCUAGAGACUCCAGUCAUCAUUACCCAUUCAUACGUUACUUGACCUCAGGUUUAGUACUGUCCGGUUGUGCUUAUUGCCUGCGGCACACUCUAGGAACCAAUUUAAAACAGAAGUGUUUGUGUGAGGGGAGUUGUUCUACAUGAGUCCUCAUACUCUGGAUUUGUAAGUGUUAGGAAUUGUAUUCAGGGACUAAAGUACACCUCUUUGGUCUGAACAUUACCUCUCUCUACCAUGGAGCAAUAAAUGUAUAACAUUUUUACCUUACUGUGUCUGCAGGAGUGAAAAUCGUACUGAAUAUAUUUAUAUAUAUAUUGUAAUAUUUCUUAGUAGUUACCCCCAGAAGACUCCAUCCACAGUUGCCUUGUUAAAAGUAUUCACAGCUGUAGCCUGCUGUACAUGUUUGGAUAUUGUUACACAGAAUUAUAAAUGAAUGUAUGGUAUAUACAAGCUUGGAAAAUGAAAAUACAAAAGAGACAUUUUUUCUGAAAUAGAUUUUAACAGUUUAUUCCAAACCUGGUCUUGGGAGAAUCACAGUGCAGUUUACCGAAAUCUGAAGGGGAUGACUCGAGACAGGAAGGGUAUUGUUUUUGCAAGUGUUUCAUUUCCAAUUUCUACUGUAAAUGAACGUCUUUAAACAAUUUACCUGCUAGAAACUGAACUAAACAACUGUUCAGUUCCAGCUCUCCAGUACCAGGUUUGGCUAUCCCUGUAUUACAGCAAUAACUUUAUAGAAAUUCCAUUAAACUUGGAAAUAAAUGUGCCCUUGGUUUUUAUAAGUAUUGUAAUAUAUCCUGUUCAGUAUUUAUAAACUUUAGAAUACAUUUAUUCUUUGUAUACUGGAUGGAUUAUAAGGUUAUUUGCUAAGCUCUUUUGCUACUUUAAUAGGUUUUUUAUAUAACAAAAUUGGGACACUCAUUACAGGCGUGGCUUAGGGAUCGAGGGGUAUGGUAAAUUCUCCAAAACGGAGAAUCCUGGAAAUAAAAAAUGAGCUGACGAUCUCCAUGAAGACUACCUUCAUUACCUAGAAAAGCAUAUUAAAUAUACAUAUGAUCUUUUAAACUGAUGAGAACAUGGAACUGUGAAUGUAUUUGGAAUGGCAAGGGUGUACCUUGUGUCUAGAAAUAGCUCUCUAUUUCUGUCAUAUCCAUUAUGAAAAUGGAUCUGGUCAGUUUCUAUUGCCAUUGUGGACUCUUGAAGUCCUUCUACAUAAGCUAUCACCUUGUGCUGCACUACCUACUUGGCAGGAGAUAAGUACUGCUAGCUUCAGAUAAAUGUGUGGUGUCUUUUUCAACUAUUUCAGGAAGUGUCCUUCUAGAAUUUUAUAAAGUUAGUCUUUAUUUUAAAAACUCACAUUUGAUCUUUUUCUAGCUUUCACGUCAGUUGUUGUGGAGCAUUGCGUAUUGCUAUUUAAUACAGUUCAAUUUGAUACUUUGUGUUAUCUACAGUAGCAUUGUUAUUUACUGUUCCUAUAAUGCUAAGGUCACUCUUUAAGUACAUUCUGGUCGACCAAUUACAAAGAUUCAUUUAUGUUAAAUUUUGGUAAGUCUGUGAAACUAGUCGUAUAUUAAUAUUUUCUUCAUUUUGCAUUUGGGAAUCUUGAGUGUCACAGGUUUCCUUGCAGUUUUUUACACAUAGUUAACAAAAACAAAUAUUCUUAGUUUUGAGGAGUGUUGUUUUGACCUGCUUUGAAAUUGCACUGAAGUAGCACUGGGAGUUUCAAGAUCACUAAUAGAAAGCCAAGUAUAGAGAAGUAACACAGCAUCUUGAUGUGUUAUACACAUUGGUUUAAUGUUUCUGCGAGGGUUUUAAAUUAAUAAAUUACAUGGAAUAGCAGUUGGAAUUCUGCACUUAGGAUGACUGAUAACACAAUCUCUUUAGGAACUUUUAAGGUUACCCUUGAACUGAAAGAGAUUAACUUGACCAGUAUUUGCUCAGUUUGCACUUUUGCUUGGUAACCAGUUAAGUUCAGUUCAAUUUAUUUGUCAUAUGCACAAGUGCAAUGAAAUGCUUAUACUUUUGCAGUAAAUAAGUAAUACUGGUCAGAUUAUUACUGUUUAUGCAGAGUAUCGGACCAAGUGCACAUCUUGUCCUUAUUACAGUUUUCAUCUGGUGUAGUCAGAAUGGUUAGUUAUUAAAAAGGUGAAAAAAUACAAACUUCAGAAAUAGAUCUUCUGAAAA